CGCCAUGACAAUGAUGAUGUUGUGUCUAGAAUACCAGUUCGGAUGUUGAACAACCGAGCAUGUGUCCUCGUGGCAAUGGGUUGUUUUGCGAAAGCGAACCAUCUACUAGAGAUUGCCMUCUCGAAACACAAAGAGAAAAUGGCCUCCAAGCUUUUUCACUGCCCACGAGCUUCUUCCAUCCACGCAGGGCCAGGUCGUGACACGGAGUAUCAUCCUACAAACGCCAAUCCCAACAACUUCACAGCGUUUGAAGACGACAUUUACGGUUUCUCUUUCGACGAUGAUUCCGAGGAGGACGAGGAGGACGAUGGCCAUUGCAUGCUGAUCGACGACAGCUGGACGGUAACGAACUUCACAAACGAUGCCGACAACGCCUGCCCAUUGACUGAUGCUACUCAGACCACAAGUCUGCAUCCGCUGUCUUCUCCUUCUUCAUCCCUUACCUAUGAUGAAGACACAAACAUUAUUCCCCCUGCUUCGAACCAAAGCUGGGGAAUUCCCCGCAUGACGAGGAACUCGCAAUUGCGAACGAAAUCUUAUCCCGGGCAAGACCAAAGAGGUGCAGAAAGAUCACACAAGAGCAAGACAAAAUACAAGUACCACCAAGUAUACUCGUUGCCCAUUGUAAUGUCCCAAUUAGAAUGGGAUCACGCAUCCAUGGAAGAGCGAUCUUUUGUUUUGAUUUUUAAUUCGGCUGUCUCAAAUCAACUGUGGGGAAUGAAUAUUACGUCUAGGGUAUGCCGCCAAGACCAACAAUAUCUGCCGACCAACACUAAUCCCUGGGAUCUCUUUCAAGCAUCGAAGACACUCUACAAACUCUCACUAGAAUAUAUCCAGCACAAUAUCCGUUGCGUCGAUAAGAUAUGCAUCCCUGCCGUCUUCAACAACCUUUCGCACCUCUGCAAGUCGCUAGAAGGGCCAGCUUCCCAAGAGGCCCGUUGCUAUGACGAACUGCUCUUGAAAUCGGUCUACUGGUUGAUCGAUUCUUUGCCGUCUACAACGAUCAACAGCAACAAUAAUAACAGCAGUGGUAUCUACAGGGACAACUUCUACGACGGCGACAACGACGAAAUCAUCGAUGCCUUUUUAGAAAACUCCUUCUAUCUCAUUUGUGAAUCACCGACCGCUGUUCUGGCAGCCGCGGCGUAACACAACCAAUAAAGGCCCACAAAUUUU